AUGUCUGGCCCUCAGACUCCCAGUCUUUCUGACUGGGAGGCCGUGACGCCGACCCUGUCGCCCUCGGUGACUGGGCCGGCGGCCGGCUCGCCGACGCUCAAGGCCACCCCCUCCCUGCUGGAGCGGAUAUCCAAUCACCGGACGCCACUGUCGCUGCACUCGCAGAAGCGCAAGCAGGCCGCAGCGGCGGCCACUGGCCAUGGGUAUGGCCAGGGCGGCAGUGGGAGCGGCGGCUACCCAAGUCAUCCGGGUGGUGGUAGUGGUGGCGGCGGCGGCGGCGGCGGCGGCGGCGGCGGCGGCGGCGGCGGCGGCGGCAACGGUGGUGGCACUCUCGCAGCGCCCCCUUCCUCGACGGACUUUUCUUUCCUGCCGCCUCUGGGCCCCGGGUCGGCGGCUUCUGGCCGGGCGGUGUUUGACACGGGGCCGGGGGCCGGCAGCGGCUCCGGUCCCCGGGACCGACCGGCCGGCCCCGGCCAAAAGGUCUUCCUCCUGCCGGAGCGCCUGAAGGUCGGGCGCCUGGCCGCCUGGAAUCACAUCACGCGCCAGGACCUCCAGUAUUGCGUGGCCCAGCCGGUUGUCCAGCUGGCCGGUUACCAGUUGAAUGUUGUCGAGCAAUGGCUCACCGAUCGGCGGCGCUUUCUCAACACAUUGCUGGUUCAGACCGACAACACCGCGGAUGUGGUUUUCCUGACCUCGCUAGCGCCAAUGGCGGUUCUCGGAUCGCCGGACGCCGCUCCGCGGGCCAUCCAGGCACAGGACAUUCACAGCUGCUUCCCGGACUUGGCGGCGCGCUUCAUCCUGCAGAUUCCUACGGAUGAGGGUGUUGUGGGAAUUGCCCGCAUGAAUCACUUCCCGCCAACCCUGAAUCUGAUUCACGUCCCGAAUGGCGAUUAUGACUCCUCCCUGGCCCGGAUUGUCAUCAGCAUCAACCUCAAGAGGGCCGGCUUCACCGGUCGGACGGCCGUGUCCAUUGUCCACCACCGCGAGGCCAUCGAGAAGUUCAAUGCGCUGUACUUGAUUUCGCCCCUGGUCCCGUACUCUUUCUCGGUGGUGGAGCUGAUCCGACUGGCACAGACGGGCUUGGCCCUGUGCGGGUUCUUGGUCCCCCCGAAUCAACGCUCCUCGCCGAGCUUCCUCUUCCCCCGGGGCAAGGCCUCGGCCGGCGGGAAUGGCGGUGGCAGCGCGGCUCCCGGAAGUGGCAGCACCUCCCCGGACCCCGAGGGCCACAUGUUUGACGAGGAUCCGGAAGUGUUGCAUCAGCGCUUCCUCAUCCGCUGGCGGGAUCCCUCCUUCGCUCAGUUGCGCGAUGGGCUCCUCUGCGAUCAGACGGUCCUGGCCUUGAAGCUGUACCUCGUGGUGUUUAUCAAGCGCGACUCGCAGCCGCGCGGCUUGGCCACGGAUGAAAGCCUGCUUCUUCGGCAAAUCAUCACACAUAUUCUGUCGACCGUGUGCACGGUUCGGCAUAUUCUCAGCCUUCAUGGAUUUUCGGUCCCGAAGGACCCCUUUUCCAGUGCGCCGGAGUUUGUUCGCGCGGUCCGGCAAUUCCAGCUUCACCAGCUGGCCGGUGAUCCCUAUGGCGUGAGGCGACACUUUGCGCAGGACAGCGCUGCCCGGCACUUCGAUCAGCCUCCCCACGCAUCGGGCCUCAUCACGCCCGGGCUGCUGCAGCUCCUGGCCCCCAUCCAGAGCGAGCUUGCCCGGCAGCUGACCCUCAACCCGAAGACGCUGAUCCUGUCCACGUCCAACCUGCCGACGUCCUUCGAGUCAAGUGGCCCGGGAUCGCGCCCGGGAAUCCUCCAGCGGGCCGGGUCUUUCGGCGUGCCGGGAACCGGGGCCAGCGUCGUACGCGAUGGAGCGGAUGCCCCCAUGGGGAUGGACUUGUCGCCGGUCCCCUCGGCGCCGAUGCUGGGGUCGCUGGACACCGGUGACGAUGCCGGGCCGGCGAGUAUCCCCUCGUCCGGGGGCAUGGGUGGCGGCGGCGGCGGCGGCGGCGCCCCCACCGCUACCGCCACCGCUGGCACCAGUGGCACGGCCGGUGCUCUUGGGACCACGGCCACCGGCGGGGGGCCUCUGAGCGCGUCGGCGGUGUUUACCUCCGCUUCCAUCGAGCAGCUGGUCCUGCAGCAGGUGGUGCAGGGUGCUUUGCGAGUCGAGGCGCCGGAGGUGGCCCCGGCCGCCGGGGCAUCCUUCUUCACCGGCGACCCGGAAAUCGGGGCCGGAUUGGACUUGGCGGCGUUGGCCCUGUAUCCGACCUUCGAUUUGUCGCAGCUGCUUUCUCGGCCGAAUUUGCCGCCGCGCAUGCGUGCCCUCUGGGAGGGCCGGGUGGGCGGGGCUGCUGGCGGAACCGGGCCCGGCGGCCAUGCCCCCUCGCAAGGGACCCCUGGGGCUGAUCUUGCUGGCGCCGGCGCCAGUGGGAUUGCCCCCGGCGCCGGGCACCAUUCGAUCGCCGCGCUGGACCCGGAGGACCUGGCAAGCGGUGGGGGCUCCUUUGCCCCGGGGACCGAGCAGCCUUCCAGUUUCGAGAAGCUCUUUUCCAACCCCGUGAAGCAGGUUACCCGCGGGGCCCUGGCCGGGAUGCCCUUUUCCUCGUCGCGCAUGGCCGACUCCCGGGGGUCCGGGUUCAUCCGGCUGGAUGACAGUGCCUUCAGUGGAGGCCCCGCCGCCGGGUACUGCCCCUUCUGGGCCAGUACCACGUCGAUGACCAUCUGCUCCAACACGUAUCUCAACAGCCUCAGCCAGCCGGCGCCGCGGGUGCCUGGCGGGUUGGUCGGCGGCGGAGGUGCCGGUGGGCUGGCCGCCUCCGGCGGGUCGGCCACCCGGCCGAGUCUCCAUCCGAUCGACACGUCCAGCGCCCUGCUUGGCGGCGGGGCGGCCGAUGCCCCGACUUCGGAUGACAGCCGGGCCGGCUCGUCGGCCUCCUCGCGGCACUUUGGCCGGCGUGUCCUCGGGGGCCGGAAGGAUGCCUCUGUCGUGGGAGAUGGCUCGGGCGCCGGGUCGACUCCGGAGACGCCCAGUGGCCCGAGCUCUGCCGGUACCGGGCAGGCUGGCGGCUCGCGCAAGAACUUCCUCCGCGGCAUGAGUGGUAUCCAAUCAUCGUUGCAGAUCACUGUCGAUGGGCUUCGACGGGUCCCCGGGUCCUACCCGCACUUCAAGCACAACCGCCGGGCCGCCGGUGGGGGAGCCGCUGCCGGGGCCGGGCCCGGCGCUGGCAAUGGCGACUCGGCUGCCGGGUCUUCCGGGGCCGGUGGCUCUGUGUCUGGGGAUCUUGUUGCCGGCGGGGCCGAUGCCGGGGCCAAUGGUCAGCUUCUGGGUGGCCUGUCCGGGGAGUUCCACGAACUGGCCCGAGCGGCGCGGCUGUCCGAAUCGCGGUUUCUCCACUCGGUCCGCCGGGUCGAGGACCUGGCUCUGGCACAUGAACGGGCCCUCUCCAUUGCCUCGGCUUCGCUGGAGGAGCGAGCCUUCGAGUUCAAGGCCCUGGAGUCGCACCUGCGUGCGGGGCUCAUCCCACGGGCGCAUCUGCUGCUGGCUCGGUCGCUGGGACACUCGAAUGCCCUGCCGGGGCCACUGCAAAGCUACCUGAUGUCAGGACUCAGUGGGCUGAUGGGCGAUGUGGCAGCCGCGCUGGACUCGGCCGAUGGCGACGACCUGCCGGACUUGUCCUUCGCCUCGCAGCAGCUGGAUUACGAGCUGCAGGUGUGCAUGUCCCGGGCGGAUGAGCUGAGGGAUGCGCUGCAAAUGCACUUGGAGACUUUGAGCCGCGUGGAGGCCAGCCUCCACCGGCGCCACAGCUCCCUCCUUUGGAUGGCCCACAGCCGGGUGAUCCGCGCCUGGAAUAUGCUCAUGGGCAGCAUGUCCUCCAAUGAUCCGCUUCGGCGUCCGGCGCCUGCCUUCCUGCCAGUGGUGGUCUUCUUCAUCAUCGGCGGGGUGAGCUGGUACUUUGUGCUGCUCCUGGUCAAGGUGGUGACUAGCGCGUCGGCGAGCGUUGCCGUGGGAUAG